CUUGGCAGGUGCCUCUUGGCCUUUGGUCCAUCUCUCAGUCGCUCAUCAACAAACUGGUUGAGCUCCUGCCUCAGCUUUGCCUGGAAUUUGCUCUCUCCGUUGUCACUGGUCUGGAGCCCUCUACGCUUUUCCUGUAGCACCCAGAUCUCCUUCCUAAAGCACUCAUGCAGCUCCUAGAAGCCUGAGGGGGUACUGAGUGAGGGUGGCUAGAAAGCCACAGCUCUCUGAGAGUGAGCUGGGCUCCUGGCCAGUCGCCUGGCACACUUCCCUGUACUGGGGACUCCAGAGAGGGUAGCAGUGCUGCCAGCCGGCUCCAGCUCACUCUGGCCAGUGCCCAUGCCAGGCCCUCCAGCUCUUGGUUUUCUGUAGCCAGCUGAUAGGUCCAUGCCACCCUCUGUGCCCUCCACCUCAGGGGUCAGAACCUUAAAGGUGUAGGAUUCCAUGUUGGAUUCCACGGCUCCAAGGUGUGGCUCCACCUGGAAGUUCUCCAACAGGACGAGGCUUAGGUGUGUGCUGUCUGCCUGGUGCUCCAGGUAGGUUUCCAUGGAGGAGGAACAGCAGCACUGGUAGCUGGUGUUUUGGACCCCAUUCUUUAGCAAGAAGCCAUCCCGAUCUGGGACCUCUGCUCUGACCCCCAGAAUAAAACAGACUCUAGGUGAGGUUUCACGGUGGUUUAAUCCAGGGAGCGGGAGAGAGGAGGGGCCAGAUGGUCGCCCUAGGUGCCCCCUGCUGGUGUCCUCUGGCUUCAGCAGGCUUCUGAGCACUAGCCUAGUGGGAUUCAAGCUCCUGAGUGUCCACUAGAGUUUGGGACCUCUUUACCACAGUAAUGGGACCCGCUCCUCCCACCUCCCAACCCCACCCCCUUGGGCCAAGCUCCCAACACCUGGGCUUUGUUUGCUAAGGGUGGGGGCUUUAUCCUGCGCUGCACUUCGAGAGAGGUACUGCUACCCUUUUGCAGGCCUACCUGAGAGGGACAGGAGAGGCCUCUGGCCUGGGUACUUGGCCACCUCUCCUGUUGGUGGCUUUCCCACCUGAGAAACCAGGAGCCGUUCUGGGGGUAGGUGUGGAGCAAAUGACUUCCCUUGGGGCCUAAAGGGAGCUCGGUGUUUGAGAGACCUAGGAGUGGUCAGGGGCCACAAAGUGGGCCAUCAGAAGAGUCGAGCAGGCUUCCCCAGAGAAAAGGCUCCGUCUCUUGACACUAAGAACGGAGCAGACAGCUGGGAGUGGGCAGGGAUGAUUUCUCCUCAGAUGGUGGGCGUAGAGCCCUUAGCUAGCUCUGGAAAAAGGGUGAUCGAACCCUGAAAAGGUAACCGGCUAGGAAUGCACUGGACCUGCUCGGACUCUGCCCCUCCAUGCUGACUCUGGGCGCCCCUUUAAGUAGAGCGCACUCCACUUUCUCCCCAAAACCUCUACUGCUGCCUGAGGGGAUCCACACCACCUCCCUCGCCGGAUCAGAGUCUAAGCGGUCAUACGAUCCCUUUUUGUCAUUUCGCCAGUUUACGUCACUUCUGGCAGGUCGUCCCUCGCUCAUUGCAUACUUCCGCCCGCUCUUUCAGUUAGUUCUCUAACCGGAGUGAAGUCACUUCCAGCUUCCCUGGCGCCUUCGGCAGUUCUCUUCCGGGUGAUGGCGGUCAGGCGCCCCGGAUAUAUCCCUAGCGAAAGCAUCUCUUUUUUUCUUCCCCCGUCUCCCCUGGAGCCCCAGCACAGUUUAGAGAAGCCUUCUCUGCCCCGUCAUGCCAAAGAGGAAAGUGACUUUCCAGGGCGUGGGAGAUGAUGAUGAUGAUGAUGAGAGUGAAAUCAGUGUCCCCAAGAAGAAGCUGGUGGAUCCUGUGGCUGGGGCAGGGGGUCCUGGGAGCCGCUUCAAAGGUAAACACUCUUUGGACAGCGAUGAGGAGGAUGACGAUGAGGAGGGGUCUAGCAAAUACGACAUCCUGGCUUCAGAAGAUGUGGAGGGUCAGGAAGCAGCCACACUCCCCAGCGAGGGAGGUGUGCGGAUCACACCCUUCAACCUACAGGAAGAGAUGGAGGAAGGCCGCUUUGAUGCCGAUGGCAACUACUUCUUGAACCGGGAUGCUCAGAUCCGAGACAACUGGCUGGAUAACAUUGAUUGGGUAAAGAUUAGGGAGCGACCACCUGAUCAGCAUCAGACGUCAGACUCAGAGGAGGAGAACAGCCUGGGCCAGACACCGAUGAGUGCCCAAGCCCUUCUGGAGGGCCUCCUGGAGCUGCUGUUGCCGAGGGAGACAGUUGCUGGGGCAUUGAGGCGUCUGGGGGCCCGAGGCGGAGGCAAAGGGGACAGCAAAGGGCCUGGGCGGCCCAGCUCCCCACAGCGCCUAGACCGGCUCUCAGGGUUGGCCGACCAAAUGGUGGCCCGGGGCAACCUUGGUGUGUACCAGGAGACUCGGGAACGGUUGGCCAUGCGGCUGAAGGGGCUGGGGUGCCGGACCCAGGGAUCCCAUGACCCUGCACCCCCACCCUCUCUGGACAUGUUUGCUGAGGAAGUAGCAGAGGAGGAGCUGGAGAGCCCAACCCCUGCCCAAAGAGGAGAAGCAGAGUCACCAGGGGAUGGUCUAGUGGAUGUGAUGUGGGAAUACAAAUGGGAGAACACACGGGAUGCUGAGCUAUAUGGGCCCUUUACCAGUGCCCAGAUGCAGCUCUGCCCUCUCUCCCUGCAGACCUGGGUGAAUGAAGGCUACUUCCCUGAUGGUGUGUAUUGCCGGAAGCUGGACCCCCCUGGUGGUCAGUUCUACAACUCCAAACGGAUUGACUUUGACCUCUACACCUGAGCCCACUGAGGGCCCAGUUUAGUGGCCCCUUCUUUCUUGGACUCUGUGGGGGAGGCUCCAGCUGUCUCAGGAAGUGAGGACACUGGGGGCUGCUUCUUUCCCAAUAAAAGCCUUUAGUUGUGUAUUGGGGCCUUGGCUAUGCUGGGACCAGAAGCCGGGGGCCUUCUCCACAAUCCCUUUGCACUUGCCUUGCUCCUUUGGGUGUUUCUUCCCGUAAAGUUGCUCCUUGGGAGUUUCUCUCUGGUCUCUUGAACCACCUCACCUUUGUUCUCAGGGACUAGGGCCUGGGCCUGUCAACAUCCUGUGGCCUCUCCACUUGGACUCUGCUUGCCAUCUGAAAAUCCAUCAGUUACACUAUUUUCCAGUCUCCUUUGGGCUUCCCGUUCAGUGUUCUUAGGUUGUUAGCCUAAGAACCAAACCAACCCAAACCCACGGCCAUCCAGUUGAUUCCAACUCAUAGUGACCCACUAGAACAGAAUAGAACUGCCUAAUACGGUUUCCCAGGCUGUAAAUCUUCACAGAAGCAGACUGCCAUAUCUUUCUCCUGCAAAGUGGCUGGUGGGUUUGAACUGCAGACCUUUCUUUUAGCAGCCGAGCGCUUUAACCACUGUCCCACCAGGGCUACUUGUUAACCUUUAGGACAUUAGAUUCUCAAUCCUUGGUGGCCAGCUGGAGAUAAAGUCUCAGGAGUAGAGAUUUUAGGCCUGGAAGGGCUGGGACACCUGGAAGACUGGGACCCUGUUGGGGGCGAGCAGGAAACCUUUUAGUCACUGGUUCCCCACUGUCUCAAGCUCCUUAGAAGUUGAACAGAUAUGGGAGGGAUGAGCCGAAAUCAUCCAAGACCCCUAAGAUUCUGGAAGCCAGUAUUUUUCCCUUCUCUAGUUCUUUCUCUAUUCUUUGCAGCAGUUCUCGUAACUCCUUAUGGUCCUUAGGUUAAGUGCAACCUCAGUGUUGGCCCUUGAAGGGCCCUUCAAGGCCACCUAUACAGGCGCAGAGAGGGGCAGUGACUCACUGGAGAUCCCACAGUGAAUCAGAGGACUGGCCAGCCAGUCAGGACUGGUUACACAGCAAAUGAGUGGGCUCCCUUCCUAGACCUGUUACUGGCACUGGACCUUUUCUGCCUGGCCUUGAGGCCCUGCAUUUCCUGGGUUCCCACAAUGUGUCUAGCACAGAGUUAGUGUCUUGAGGGAACUUGGAUGGCUCAGCUGCUCCCAUAAGAGAAAUUCAGAAUUUGGUGGGGAGGACAAACAGGUAUAAUUGUGUAGUCUGAACCCCCGCCCUGCCAAAGGCUGCCUUAUGCCUCGCCUUACUUGCAUCAAGUUAGGUGGAUUCCCCCACUUUUCAACCUUGGCUCCCCAUUGGAUACACCUAAAACCCAUUGCUGUUGAGUUGGUUCCAACUCACAGCAACCCUAUAAGAGAGUAUGGAGCUGCCCCAUAGGGUUUCCAAGGCUGUAAUCUUUGUGGAAACACACUGCCACAUCCUUCUUCUACAGAGUAGCUGGCGGGUUCAGACUACUCACCUCUUGGUUAGCAGCUGAGCACUUAACCAGUGCACCACAAAGACUCACCUAGGGAACUUUAAGUAAUCCUACUCAGAGAUUCUGAAUGAGGUGGUUUAGAUUGUGGCUUGGGUGUCUGGGUUUUUAAAAGGUCCCCAGGUGUUUCCAAUGUAUAACCAGGUUGAGACUCAUUGGGCCUGACUCUUGUGACAGGUUACACUGGGGAGAGGGGUCUGGUUCCUGGACCCUGCUGUGAUUGCAGAGCUGAGCAUGUGUGUGGCCAGGCCUCUGGUGAGGAGAAGGAAUCCCUUAAAGGGAAUCUGAGCACCAGAUCCGUGGGACAUGUGGGAGCCUUCAGAGUGGAGGAAGCCAGGCUAGGAACUAGGAAAGACGUGGGAGUGAGGUGAGGUACUUGUGUUCUACUGAGGCCUCCAACUUUGACAAUAAUUAGUCCCUGUAGUGCAUUUUUUUGUAGUGCAAGCCCUAGGGGGAGCCCUGGUGGUGCACUGGUUAAAGCUAACUGAAAGGUCUGCAGUUCGAACCCACCAGCUGCUCUGUGGGAGACAGAUGUAGCAGUCUGCUUCUGUGAAGAUUUACAGCCUUGGAAACCCUACACUCCUAAAGGGGUUGCUAUGAGCCUACAACAGAUUUGGUUUGGACAAUGCAGCCAAGGCCUGAAUUUCCCUGACUCCAACAUACUAUCAGUUCUAAAAUGCACAGUAUCUUUCCUAUCACUGGGAAAGAAAAAAUCUGCCAGUUACACUUGUAAAGUGCUGUUGAUUAAAAGAUGUAUCCUGAUUUCAAAGGUGUUCAAAAGUGAAAAGAAGGUAUCUUAGAACCAGUCAAAUUCAGUGUUCACCUUUACACCUGGCUACUGUAGGUGCUUAGUAUUUGGUGAAUGGAUGAAAGCCAAGGGGGCAAGCAGUUCCCCCUGGAUGUCCUCAGACUCAUCCAAAGCUGACCUCACCUUCCCCUCACAGCCGUAUGUGUUCACCUCACUGAUGACACCCUGUGGUAGAUAGAAUAGUGAACCCUGUCCCCCCAAAGAUGUCUUAGGUCCUAGACCUUGGAACCUGUGAAUAUGUUACCUUAUUUGGUGAGAAGGACUUUGCAGAUGUGAUUACAUUAAGGAUUUUGAGAUGGGAAGAUUAUCCUUGAUUACCCAGGUGGGCCCAAGGUAGUCACAAGAAGUCUUUUAAGUGAAAGGGAGCCAGGAGGGUCAGAGUAAGAGAGAUUUGAAAAUGGAGGAAGAGACCACAAGCCAAGACCACCAGGUGGCCUGUAGAAGCUGGAAAAGGAAAAAUCAAAACACUGAUUCUUCUCUAGAGCCUCCAGGAGGAAAUGCAGCCCCACUAACACAGUUUUAGCCUACUUUUCUGUCCUCUAGAGCUGUAAGAUAAUAAAUUCGUGAUGUCUUAAGCCACUAAGUUUUUGGCAAUUUGUUCUGGGAGCAAUAGGAAACUAAUACAUACCGCAUUCUGCUGUGUACUUACUCCCCUUCACAAACAUCUCCAAGUAGUCAUUAAGUUCUCUCUCCCCAUGGCCACGUCCCUAUUUCAGGCCCUUCCUAGCACUUAACUAUUGCAAUAGCUGCCCCUUUCUCUUGCCAGGGUGGUCUUUAUAGCAAAUCUGGAUACAUCACUACCUUGCCUUUUUCUUCCUUUUUUUUUAACUGUAUCUAUGUAUGGUCAUGCACCACAUAACAUCUGUUCGGGCAAUGUCUGACUGCGGUCCCAUAAGGUUAUAAUAGAGUUCAGAAAUCCUGGUCAGAGAAUAGGACAUAGCAAAUGUAAGUGGACAUAGCAAUUACAACAGCAUCCUGCAUGCAACAUACGUUAUUUCAUGUCUUGUAUGCAAAAAUGAUCGCACUGCCAAGCAUAUGAUGGUACAGUACUGUGUGCUGUGUGUACAGUAUCUUGGCUAUUUAGUCAAUACAGGUACACUACAGUAUCCAAUUUUUUUUUUUUUUAUUGUGCUCUAAGUGAAAGUUUACAAAUCAAGUCAGUCUCUUAUGCAAAAAUUUAUAUACACCUUGCUAUAUACUCCUAAUUGCUCUCCCCCUAAUGAGACAACCCGCUCCUUCCCUCUACUCUCUCUUUUCAUGUCCAUUCCUCCAGCUUCUGAGCCCCUCUGCCCUCUCGUCUCCCCUGCAGAUAGGAGAUGCCAACAAAGUCUCAAGUGUCUACUUGAUCCAAGAAGCUCAUUCUUCACCAGCAUGUUUUACUAUCCCAUUGUCCAGUCCAAUUCCUGUCUGAAGAGUUGGCUUUGGGAAUGGUUCCUGUCUUGGGCUAACAAACGGUCCAGGGGCCAUGACUACCAGCGUCCUUCUAGUCUCAGUCAGACCGUUAAGUCUGGUCUUUUUACAAGAAUUUGGGGUCUGCAUCCCACUGCUUUCUUGUUCCACCCAUAUAGUUUUGCUAAGUACAGGCAGUCCCUGGGUUAAUGAACAUAAGACUUAAGUACAACCCAGAGUUAUGAACCAACCCCGUCCCAAAACCUAUUAUAUUCAAAAUUCAAGGUGCAUACAAUAGUUCAAAAUAACAAACAGGUGCUACUUUACAAUGCACAACAAAACGGUAUUAUUAUUAUUAUGUUAAAGAUGUUUUAGUGUAACUGGAAGUGUUUAGUGUUCUUUAUACCUAUGUAAAAAUGAUUUGGUGGAGGUGUCUGACCUCCUCUAACUUCACAAGAGGGAGGGAAAAUCAAGAUCAACAGCCCAAGGCUGAUUCCUAUGAGGCGGAGAUCAGACCUGCCUCCUCUCUCUGCCUUCUUUACCAAUUCCACAAUCAACCAUCUCUCCCAUGGCACUCUCUGCUUCUCUGCUGGGUUUGAUAAUUCAUUGCAAUGGCCACACAGAACUCACAGACAAUUCUCACAAUUAUGGGGUUUGUUAGGGAAGUAACAGGUUAUAAUUCCUAAUCAGCAACACUCAGGAUACAGUUCUUCCAUCAGGACAGCCUGUCCUCAGAAAUGCCCUCAGGCACACCUCUCUCUGGCCUGCUCAGGCAAGUGUUACAAAGCUCUUUUAGUUCUCAGAUAAGCACCUUGAUGCACCUCACUCGCCAGUAAGCCUCACCUGAAGGGGUUCAGCUCUAGCUCCUUGGGUCGCGAACCUAGCGCUACCAAGUGCCUGGAAGCACCCUACUCCGCCAGCAAGGCUCCUGUCUGAAGGUACUCAACUUUCUAUCUUUGUGGGCUGGGAAGCCUUCUGUGCCAUCUCCUGCUGGUCUCUCCUACCACCAUUUGUCUGCCACCGCUUCUCAUCUUCAGUGUUAACAGCUCUCUUACUCUCGCUCCCUCUCUCAGUCUCCUGGUUCCAGGAGCUUCUCAGCGCAGGGACCCUGGGUCCAAAAUAUGCUCCGCUCCUGGAUCUUCUUCCUUGGUGGUGGUGAGAUCCUCUUCCUGCUCUGGAAUUGGCUCUCUUUUAAACCUAGCAGGCAAAACUGACCAGUCCCCUCUGUGGGCCACAAUUACCUUAUUUACACAGUCCUGCCCAAUCACUUGGGUGGGAGUUACAACACCAUGGGGAGAAAGGCCACACAAAAGUGAUCCAUUGCCCUGCAGCAUAGAAAGGUACACUAUAUACUGCAGUAUAUACUAAGAUAAAGAUUUGACUAAAUGACGUUAGAUAUGAACUGUAUCUAACUAUUCUGACUUAUGGACAAAUUCAACCUAAAAGAGAUUUAGGAAUGGAACUUGUUCGUAAUCCAGAGACUACCUAUAUAUAACAGGGUGUUCGCACAACAUUCAGAUCACAUAACGUUCUAUUUUACAGAACGUAUUGUGGAUGUUAAGUGAUGCAUGACUGUAAUUUUUAUUUAAAUAAACUUUUUGUAUUUAGAGUGGUUCUAUAGAUUUACAGAAAUGUAAAAAUAGUACUGUAAAUUAACAUCUUACAUUACAAUGGUAUAUUUGUCACAGCAAAGGAACAAACAACAUUACCAUUUUUUCAACAGCUUUGUUGAGAUAUAAUUCACAUACUAUACACUCUACCUAUUUCAAUGGUUUUUGGUAUAGUCAUAGGGUUUUGUAAGCAUCGCUACAAUCUAAUUUUAGAACAUUUUUGUACCCCCUAAAAAUUCUGUACCCGUUAGCAGUCACUCCCCAUGAGUCUCCCACCCCGCCCCCCCCCGCCCAGUCCCCAGCCCAUGGCAACUACUAAUCUACUUUCUGGCCCUAGAGAUUUGCCAAUUCUGGACAUUUCAUAUAAAUGGAAUCUUGGAAUAUAUGGUCAUUUGUGUCUGGCUGAUUUCACAUAGCAUUAUGCCUUCAGGUUUCAUCCAGGUAGCAUACAUACACGUGUCAGUACUUCAUUCCUUUUUAAUUACUGAAUAAUAUUCCAUUGUAUGGAUAUAAGGUCAGUUAUUGUUAACCAUGCUUCAUUUGGAUUUCACUAGCUUUUCCCUCCUGUCUCCUUCUAGGACACCACAUUACAUUUAGCUGUCAUGUCUCCUCAGCCUCCUCUGGUCUGUGACAGUUUCUCAGACUUGCCUUGUUUUGGAUGACCUUCAUGGUUUUGAGGGGUACUGGUUAGGUGUUUUGUACAGUGUUCCUAAAAUUUGCAUUUGUCUGGUAUUUUUCUCAUGAUUAGAUUUGGGCAGGAAGAUCACAUACUUUCCCCAUUUUGCUGGUGAGAAAAAUGAGACUCAAAGAGAUUAAGUGACCUGUCCAAUGUCACACAGCCUGAGGUGAACUGCUAUUCUUAUCAUAUCAUACUCCAUUGUUUUCUACAUAAAUCCUUCAAUGGCUCCCCAUUGUCCUCAGGUUCAAAAGCUUGAAGAUGGCUUGAAGGCCUUCCAUAGCCUGCUCAAGCCAGCCUCUCCAGCUCCAUGGCUGACUGUGGUUUCUUUCUCCUUUCUCCGCCCACACUCCAGGCUCCAUCCUGUUCCCAGAACAGGGCAGAUGGUUUCAUCCUCCAGGUCUGGCCAGGGAUGCCUUUCUUUUCAUAACUCUCUGGAAAAGAUAAUUAAUUUAUCUGUUGUGGCUUAGGCCUACUUUUCAUAAGGCUUUCCUAAUUCCAGCUCCCCAGUUCCCAGGUUGGUCAUUGUGCCUUCCAUUGUGCUUGCAGCACCCCGCACAGAUGUCUGACUCAACAACAUGUACAGCAGUGUUUCCUUGUCUCUCUCCAUCAGUUAUUCUGAGACAGAACUUCAGAGCGGAUGAAUGAAUGAGGAAAUGAGCCAAUUCUUUGCUGGUCCUGUGCGUCAGAAGGAAAACACCCUCUUGACCCAGACCAGGGAGUGGGGCGUGGGGGAAUGUUUGCUGCCCAGAAGGGGAUGGGGUGUGGUUUGGGUGGGCAAUGUACAGGUAUCUACAACCAAGAUCUCUCAGGGAGCAGGGCUGAGGGGUCCUUAGGGUUGUUAUGACUGUGGGGGGUGUCACUGAGCCAUGGCGAGUUUACAGGAGGGGCUCAAGGUCAAAGCUGCCGAUAACAUCAUUGUACCUGGGACACGAGACCCUCUGAAAUGCAGCCUCUUGCCUUUGACCAGACCAUUUUCCAGAGGAGCAGCAGGAGUGGUGGAGGCAAGUCUGGACACUCCCGAAUGAGAACCUGUAUGAGGACCUUGGAGGAACAAGGGCUGAGUUAAAAUAAAUGAAGGCCCCACAAAGCCCAAAGGGUCUUAAUGCCUCUGACACAUCUGCUGCCUUUCCCACGUGGAGUGGCCCAGUUGCCCAGACCUAGGACCACCAGAUGGCUAGAAGACUUGCUGCACAGUCACUGAACUCAAUGCCUAGGCAGUGGGGAGGCCUGAGCCUGAGCAGCUUGCCUUCCACUCUGCUCCCGGCUUGAACCAAGCUGGGGGCUUGGAGAUGCCCAGCUUUUCCUGACGCUAACACCUAAGGGCAAUUUCUCUCAAAGAUGGAUUUAGAAGCAGAUGUUUUGUGCAGUGCCCAAGGGUAGAGAUAAUGUGCUGUGGUCAUUAGCCACUUCUGAACUUCCCACAGGAGACCAGGUUUUCCUUUUCUGCCAUUCCCCAGGCUCAAGCAUGAGCUCUUCAAUGGUGGAUUCAGUAGCCACCAGCAUACAUCCAGCCCACUCCAAGGGGCCAUCCCUCCACAUAUCUUCUGGUGGCUGGCUGGGAGCUGCUGAUACCCUGUCCCCACCAUGCACCUGUUCCCCAGGAGGUUUAUGUGGCCCAGCCUGACAGAUGUAAGACCUCACCUACCCAUGUAAAUGCUGCCAGUGACAAGCCUGAAAAUCCCAGUUCAGACACACUUGGUGCCAUUUGAAAUUUGCUUGGGCACCCUCUGGUUUUCCUGUCCUGAUGCUAUCAUCCUUGCUGUCUUUUUCCUGGCUCUCCAUCCCCUACCCCACAUGUCCUGCACAUCAGUGGCUGCUGCUUUUUAAAAAUAUUUAUUUAUUUGUUUUCGUUGUUUUUGAGAAUAUACAUAGAAGAAUUACACCAACUCAACAAUUUCUACAUGUACAAUUCAGUGACAUCAAUUACGUUCUUUGAGUUGUGUAACCAUUCUCACCCUUCUUUUCUGAAUUGUUCCUCCCCAAUUAACAUAAACUCACUGCACCCUAAGUUUCCUAUCUAAUGUUUCAAGUUGCCAUUGUCAAUUUGAUCUUAUAUAAAUAAUUCUUAAAAGAGCACAAUGCUCAAAGCAGACAUUCUUUACUAGUUAAGCUAAAGUAUUGUUUGGUUUUAAGAAGACUUCAGGGGAUAUUUUUUGGUUUAAGGUUUAAAGAUUAUCUCAGGGCAGUAGUUUUGGGGAUUUAUCUGGCUUCCAUGGCUCCAGAAAGUCCGGAUUGCAUGAGAAUUUGAGGUUAUGUUCUGCAUUUUUCCCCCUUUUGAUAAGGAUUCUUCUAUAGAAUCUUUGAUCAAAAUGUUCAGUAAUGGUAGUUGGGCACGAUCCAGUUCUUCUGAUCUCAUGGCAAAGGAGGCAGUUGUUCAUGGAGGCAAUUAGCCAGCCACACAUUCCAUUUCUUCCUCCUACUUCUGACUCUCUUUCCUCUGUUGCUCCAGGUGAAGGGAGACCAAUUGUUGUAUCUUAGAUGGCCUCUUGCAAGCUUUUAAGACCCCAGGCAAAUGAACUAAGAGGUAGAACAGAAGCACUAAACAUGUUAUUAACCAAUUAACUGGAAUGUCUCAUGAAACCAUGACCCUAAGCCCCCAAACCAAGUGAAAUGCAGUGAAUCACUUAAUAGGGCCCUUCUAGCUAUAAUUUUUGUUAACUCCUACCAAAUGAUUUGGUAGGGAUAUGCAAAUGAGGUGGUUGUGUUUCCAAUGGGAUUGGAAAGCUUGUUAAUAAUGUAAAUAAGGUGGAUGGUACCCUUUUCGGGGUGUGACCAUGUAAAUAAUAUGUAUGGAACCCUAACGAGGGGAUUGGUUAGUUUUGCCAUCCUGCAAGGCUUAAAAUGAACCAUUCCAGGGGCGGGAAGAGAGGUUCUCCAAAACACCAAGAAAGAGACAGGAGUGGAGCAUGUCCUUUGGACUUGGGAUCCCUGUGCUGAGAACCUCUGAGAUCCAGGAGACCGAUUGAGGAGCUGUAACAUGGAAGACAGCAAGAGAUGGUAGUGCAAGAUGACAGAAAUCAGGAGACCAGUGUGAGAUGGCUGUGGUGGGGCUACCUGGUCCAAGGAGCAAGAAAGCUGAGUGCCUCCGAGCACAAGAUUUACUGCUGGAGUGGGGUGCCACCAGGCACUUAUCGGCAGAGCUAAAAGAGCUUUGUAACACUUGCCUGAGCAGGGCAGAGGCUGUGCUGAGGGACCAAGAGGCUGAGGGGCCAGAGAGAAGUGUGCCAGUGGGCAUAGCUAAGAAGAGGCUGUCCUGAUCGAAGAACUGUAUCCUGGGCCUUCCUGAAGCUGAAUUUUAACCUGUUACUUCCCUGAUAAACCCCAUCAUUGUAAGCGUGGUUUGUGAGAUUUGUGCGGCAGAGAAGUAGAGAGCGCUGUGGGAGGGACAGAUGGUGCAGUGCCAGAUUAUUAAAAACGUCGGAGGGUGCGGGCACGUUUGACUCCACCUCAUAGAAAUCAGGCUUGGACUAUUGAUCUUGAUUUUUCUUCCCCUUUUUGAAGUCAGAGGAGGUCACACACCUUCCAUACCAUUUUUACACCAAGAAGCCAAAUCCCAUGAGAUGUUUGGUUGUACGCAAGCAGCCUCAGCAGCUGCCCUUUUUAGUGUUGUUGUAAAUAUAUCUAUCAUACAACUGUUGCCAAUUCAACUUUUUACAGGUAUACAAUUUAUUGACAGCAGUUACGUUAAUUAGCUGGGCAACCCUACUCUUAAUGAUUGUUAUUUUUCCAUCACUGUAAACCAAAACUCAGUGCUCCAUAAAUAAUAACCUCUCCUGUCCUCCUCCUUCCGGCCCCCAGUAACCACUAAUAAACUUUGGUCUCUAUACAUUUGCCUGUUCUUGUCUUUUUAUAUAAAUGAAGCCAUAUAAUAUUUGUCCUUUUGUGAGGGAUGUAUUUCAUUCAGCAUAAUGUCUUCAAGUAUCAUCCGUAUUGUAGCAUGUAUCAAGACUUCAUUUUUUUUUCAGGAUGAGUACUGUUCUAUUGUAUGUAUGUACCACAUUUUGUUUAUCCACUCGUGCAUUGAUGGGCAUUUAGGUUGUUUCCACAUUUUUACUGUUGUGAAUAACGCUACAAUGAACAUUGGUGUACAUAGCGUCUGUUAGCAUCACUGCUUUCAUGUCUUUUCAUAUUCCUAGCAGUGGAAUUGCUGGGUCAUGUGGUAGUUCUAUUUUUGGCUCUUUUGAGGAGCUGUCACACUGUCCCCUCAAUGGCUGAAACAUUUUGCAUUCCCACCAGCAAUGGAUAAGGGUUCCAAUCUCCCCACAUCUUCACCAACAUUUGUUAUUUUCUGUUUUUAUCUUAGCCAUCCUAGUGGGAGUGAAAUGGUAUCUCACUGUGGUUUUGACUUGGACCUCUCUGAUGGCUAAUGAUGUUGAACAUCGUUUUAUGUGUUUGGUGGCCAUUCGAAUGUCCUCUUUGGUAAAAUGUUUAUUCAGGUCCUUUGCCCAUUUUUUGAUUGGGUUGUCUUUUUGUUGUUAAGUUGUUCAAGUUUUAUAUAUACUUUGGUUAUUAGUUUCUUAUUGGAUAUAUUGUUUCUGAAGACAUUUUCCUAGUUAGUAGCUUGUCUUUUCACUUUUUAGGUAAAGUCUCUCUAUUUUUCUUUAAAUCCUGAAGUGGAGGGAAGAUUUAGAAAAAUCAUCUGGCAAUCCAGUCCCCCUCCUAAAUACAAAGUAACACUAGAGGAAUUUGAAGUCUGUGGUGUAUCUAGAGUAAUCAUAGCAAUAACAAAACUCAAACCCAACUCAACUUUUUAAUACAUUAAUUCAACCCAACACAUUAGAGAACUAGCAAAAGAAAAGACACACCUAUUUCUAGGCAUAAAUAUUUGCCCCAAUCACUACUGUCUCACGUAAGAUGUUUAGCUUUCAACCAAAAAAAAAAAAAAGACAAAAACAA